CCGCCUGCAUUAUGGCUGUACACAAAUCGGACUUGUGGUCCAAUCCAAAUCGAAUGGCAUUCAAUGCUCAUCUGCGAUUGUUGAAAGUUUAAAGAGACCGAUCGGCGCACAACACAACGUCACCAUGGGCAAUAAGUCGUCGCUUUUCCUGCGGAACGAGGAAAUCGCGCAAAUCCAGGAGGAGACUGGCUUCACCCCCAACCAAAUUGAGCGACUUUACUCGCGCUUCACCUCCUUGGAUCGCAAUGAUUGCGGAACCUUGUCCCGGGAGGAUCUGAUGCGGAUACCGGAACUGGCCAUUAAUCCGCUGUGCGAGCGGAUAGUGCACUCCUUCUUCGCUGAGAGCAACGACGAUCGGGUGAACUUCCGGCAGUUCAUGAACGUCCUGGCCCACUUUCGCCCGCUGAGGGAUAACAAGCAGAGCAAGCUCAACAGCCGGGAGGAGAAGCUGAAGUUCGCCUUCAAGAUGUACGAUCUGGAUGACGAUGGCGUGAUCAGCAGAGACGAGCUGCUGUCCAUCCUGCACAUGAUGGUCGGGGCGAACAUUAGCCAGGACCAGUUGGUCAGCAUCGCGGAGAGGACGAUUCUGGAGGCGGACCUGUGCUGCCAGGGCAAGAUCUCGUUCGAGGACUUCUGCAAAGCUCUGGACCGCACCGACGUGGAUCAGAAGAUGUCCAUACGGUUUCUCAACUAGGCUAGCUGGAUGCGGGAAUCACGAGGAAAGAGCGAGCUUCUUAGUCAGUGUGUACCAAAUAGAUUAGGAUGAAGUUAGUCGAGAGGCAUUCCGGCGGGUUACUGAAACCUCUGCUGAUUAGAAAGCAGUGGUUGCUAUUCUUAUUAUAUCAGUUGUGUUUUCCAAGUUUAGAAGUUUCAAUUUAAUGAAUGAAAAUGAAAGUGUCGCAAAGUUUUUUAAACCUAAGUAGUUUGCCUAAAGCUUAUCCAAGAUAUUGCGUUCUAGUUAAACAAAAAAUUAAUUUGUUUUGAUCACAGGUGCUAGAGAAAUACAGAAAAAUAUAACCAAUUGCUUGGUAUCUAAAAGUUAAAUGCAGCCGGAAAUGCGAUCAAAUAUUUAUGAUAAAAAUAUAAAUAAAGCUUUUGUUGUCUUGUAUUACAAAAAAAAUAUUUUUACAAAUAUUGUAGGUUUCAGGAACCCCUCGGAUUUACUUGUAUUAAUAGUUGUUAUGAAGAAAGAAAGAGAUGCACAUUUCUUUUUGUUAAUACCUUGUUUUUAUAAUUACACACUCAUUCCGCUCAACGUAAAUUCUAAUUCAGCUGCUUACGAAUAAAAGCAACGCGGAUUAACACACUAA